CGGAGCUGUUGCCAUGGAGACGGAAGCCAAACAAGCAGCUGCUGCCUGAGAGAGUCUUCAGAGACAUUUAGUGGAUCUCUCGCCGGUAACGUUACGGUGUUCACGGUGUUCACGGUGUUUACGGUGUUCACGGUGUUCACGGUGUUCGAUUUGACUCACGGUGCCGCUCCGUGUCCGACUGACGUCACGGGUUUCAUUUACUUCACCGGGAACCGGUAACGAGUCUUUACGUCAGAUAUCAAACAAAGAGGAAGAGGAGGAGGAGGAGGAGGAGGAGGAGCCGGAGGAGGAGGAGGGAUCAUGCCGAAGAAGGCCAAGAAAGGAGGAGGAGGAGGAGGAAAGACGGAGGAGGAGAGGCUGAUGUUCCUGCAGCAGAGAGCUCAGGCCGAGGAGGAGAUGGCCAAGAAGAGAGAAGAGAUCCUCACUCUGUUUCUGAAGGACAAGUUGCAGAAGGAGGAGAGGAACACCGCAGUGAACCUUCUGAAGCUCAACGAAGGCUGGAGGUCGAUCCUCCGUCAGACGCGAGCCGGCGAGCUGCGUGGAAACCUAGCGGUGCUCAGCCAGACAUUUGAGAGGCAGCUGGACGGCCUGGACAGCGUCGUCAAGAAUCUGGAGCGUGACCUGCGGGAGGCGGAGCGUCAGUCGGCUCAGGUGAGGCGCGUUCACCUGCAGCACGUGGAGCGUCUGUGGGAUCGGCAGGGCAAACGGCUGGCGUUGGUGCAGCGGCGGUGGGAGAACGGCCUGCAGCACCUGAGCUCCGGGUUCAACUCGGAGAGGAAGCAGAUGUCGUCACGCUCUCAGCAGCAGCGAGAUGACCUGGAGGACGCCACGUUCACGGUGGAGCAGCGACACAAAACAGUGAUGGAAGAAAUCCAAGACCUGUACUGGAAAACCAUCAAAGCCUACGAGAGCGCUCACGCAGACAGGAAAGCUGCUAUGGUCCUGGAGGACAAGGUCAAGCUGAAGGUGAAGAGCGUCCAGAAGCAGGACGCCGUGCAGCUCUGCAGCAAAGAGACGAAGGAACUCUCCCAGCUGCUCGACACGACCCAACGCCUGGUCCAACGGACGGACGCAGACGUGAAGAACGUGAAGAGGCUGCAGGACGCCGUCAUCCAGCUGAGGGCGGCGCUGACCUCCAGUAAGACAGAAGACGUGUUGGUGGAUCAGGAUCUGACCGCCGCCAGAAACCAGGUGAACAGGAAGACCCACGCGCUCCGCGACCAGCUGACUCAGGCUCACACGGCGGCGAGGAAGCAGCUGACCGAGCUCACCGUCCAGAGUGACGCCGCCGCCAAGAAACUGCAGGCGGUCAUCGCCAAGGGUCAGAGGGUUCUACGAGUGGCUGACAUGUGUCACAAGCUGGAGAGUGUCUCGUCAUCAUUCCCUUCAGAGGACCAGAGACCGGAGACAACUGGACCUGAGACGGAGAAAACUGGACCUGAGACGGAGACAACUGGACCUGAGACGGAGACAACUGGAAGUGAGACGAAGAAAACUGGAAGUGAGACGAAGGAACCAGUAAAGGAGUUCUCAGAGUUGCAGCAGGUGACGAGGAGCAUCAACACUUGUGUGCUGCAGCGAGAAGCUCUGAGGAGACAGAGAGACGAUCUGAACCGAGAGAACCAGCAGCUGAGGCUCCUGCUGCGUCAGCACCUGGACGCCAUGAUGGUCGGCGAGCACGACCUCGACGGACGCCACGCUCUGCUCACUGCGUACCGUGCCCCGACCACCGCGGUCCCGGCAGACACCGGCAGACGCCACAACGUCAUCGAGGCCGCUCACAUUGUCAAACACUCGCUGUGACUGCAGAGCUGGAAUAUAACGGACAGAAGGGAUGAAACCCGACAGCCGUGUCUCCCAAACAAUAAAUCACCUGUUCAAUACUUUAUUAUUACUUUAAAUCACAUGUUCAAUGCUUUAUUAUUAAUACUUUAAAUCACCUGUUCAAUACUUUAUUAUUAAUACUUUAAAUCACAUGUUCAAUG